CUAGCAGUAGCAAAAAUGACGGAUGAUUGUGAUUAAAGUAAAUGCAGAAAGUGAAUGAGACGUCGCGUUUGAAUUAAAGUUUCAAUUAAAAAACCGCAGCCGAAUUUUGAAAGAUUUUGCUUUCUGAUAAAACGGAUAAUAAACCUAACUGUUGUGUAUUCCUCGAAAAUAUUCGGAAAACUUAUAAUAACCCACCCUCAAAUCAAAUGUCUGUCCAGUUUGCAUAGCAUAGAAUCAAAAGGAGAGAAAUCAAGUGAAAGACUUGGAAAAGGGAGCGAAGCAACAACGAAAGAAACGUCGUCUCAGCCGCUGUUUGCGUUGCCGUCACAGUAUUUGCCGUGAGCACAUAUACUAUUGUCGGUGCUGCCGUUGUCGUCGUCUACAAAGUGAAGUGUUGAGUGUGUGAAUGAGGGGAGUUGGAGACGUUGGUGCUGGUCACUUGACACGAGAAAUUAUAGAAAAAAACGGAGCAUAAUAAUCUGCUUGUGAUAUACAAGUCCCUGAAUGGUGGGCACAUCUCACACCUCAAAAACAGUGCAUAUAUUUUGGUGCUGUCAUUUCUAAUAUCCACCCACCUUCGCCGAAAUUGCCAAAAUCAAUUCGUAUUCAAAGCAGCGGUAAUCGACAACACUAUAUCUCAGUAGCCACUACAAAUGUCAAAACUACAUUUGAAAAUCAACUUUUAACAUGUCUUGCAUAUCAGAAGCGAUAAAUAUCAGCAUUCUUCCAGAUUAGGCGAUAUUAGCGUACUCCAAAAGUCGGUGUCUCACACCCAACAACACCACCACCACUACCACCAACCGGCCUCGCAUUACAUAGCCGAUUGAGACGCUUAUCAGUGCUGCAUAAGAAUCAGUGUAGUUGGACAUUGUAGCGAUAAAAACGAACCGAAAAUAAAAAAUAAGAUUCAGCGUGAAAACAUAGCAACAAAAACUCAGCACAAAAUAGUGGAAAAUCAACGAGUCCACGCUCAAUUCCUUACAUUAACUGGGAUAAUUGUUUACUUGUGUUGCUGUUCGUUGAGUGGGUGUUGCUGCUAUUGUUAAUCGAAGGGGAAACGCCACCAGUGCCCAAUAGCUAAACGACAUGGCACGAGGCUUUGACCAUUUAUUUAAAUUACUUAUUAUAGGUGAUAGUGGCGUUGGCAAAUCAUCACUGCUGAUACGUUUCUCAGACGACACAUUUGCCGGCACUUACAUUACCACCAUCGGGGUGGAUUUUAAGAUCCGGACUGUUGUCAUCGAUGGACUCCGCAUCAAAUUGCAAAUAUGGGACACUGCCGGACAGGAACGCUUCCGCACUAUAACGAGCACCUACUACCGCGGUACGCAUGGUGUGAUAAUCGUGUACGAUGUAACGAAUGGGGAAUCAUUUGCAAAUGUGCGUCGAUGGUUGGAUGAGAUACAAAACAAUUGCGAUGUGGUCAACAAAGUGUUGGUGGGAAACAAAAAUGACGAUCCAGAUCGUAAAGUGGUCAUCACCGAGGAUGCGCAACGGUUUGCGCGUCAAAUGGAUAUUGAGCUGUUCGAGACGUCCGCCAAAGACAAUACCAACGUGGAGGAGAUGUUCCUCGCCAUAACGCGGCAGGUGCUGCAGCACAAGCUGCGUAACGCACAAAACGAACAACAAAAGGACAGUAUCACUCUGAAACAACAAAAGAGUAAACGAAAAAGUAAAUGUUGCAGUUGAAAUGCACGCAAUCCCUCAACGGUUUUGUGUAAAACGCGCAAUAAAACCACAGUACUCAGCAUAUUUUAAAAUUAUAUAUUAUUAAAUAACGAAAAACAUACCACAUACACAUGCGCCAACAAUACACGUAUAUGUAUGCUUGGAAAUAUACAAAAACAAAACUCCACUAGCACACACCUGAACACCGUAGCCGUAUUCGAGUGUGCCAGUUGUAAAAAUGUGUAAUCGAAUCGGUAGAAGAAGUGUUGCAGUACUCAGCAUAAUGUAAUUUAAAGGAGCGGGCUUUGGCAGUUGCAAAAGUAAUACGGUAUUCUAAAAUUAGGAAACAAAAGUAUAUGAUAAAAAAAGAUUUUUGUAAAACAAAAAAGGUAAAUACGAUGAAAAUGAAGUCACACCAAAACAACAACUGCAGCAAACUGCAAUAGCGUAGCGUUUUAUAAAUACACAGAUAUUUGCAUGUAUACAUACAUAUUACCUACUAUAUACAAUAACAUACACACGAUGUACAUUCAUAUGGAACGUAUUUUUUUAAAUACUUAAGUUAAACUAUAGACCCUUAAAUUGAUUACUGUACUUUAAAGCUUAAGUAACACACAAGCUUGUUAUUUCAAGGCUGCAUCUUUCAACUGGCCAACUUGCCAACCGGCAAAGAGCAUAAGAAACACUUUCGUUUAUAAAACUGUAUUCAAUUAUUAGUAAAAACCAGUAAAGUCUACUAAAUAUAAGUGAUACCACGUCUUACCAUGUCAAAAAUACAAAGAAAACCAGUUUUUCAUCAUUAAAUAUGCCGGUGUUGAAUAUUUACGCUACAGCCGAAGGUUGGUUGGCACAGAGCAUCAAUCAUUAUUGAUAUAUUGUAUUAUAUUUUGGUUUUUCAGCUGUAAAUUUUAAAUUUAUAAUAUUCUAACAAAAUUUGUCAGGCAAUGGUAAACCUCCGAAAAAUUGUAUGCAAUGAAAAAUCUCAAUAUCAAAUGGCUUUGAAUUUCAGAUUUGUAGAAAUAUUGAGCUGUUCAGAAUGUUCUUUAGCAAAUUGGGAAUUACACGCAUAUCAGCAUAUUUGGCUGCAUUGUGUGUAGAAUUUGCUGUACGAGUAUAUAUUAGUUUUGGGAAAAUAAAUCCAUUCUAUAAAGUAUUGAUCAAAUAAUUUAAAGGUUAUGCUCGUUGUCAUGGUGACAUUUCACAGAAAAAAAUGUUAAUAGUGGUAGCGUCACCCAGUAGCUAAAGAUCGACCAUUAAAUAGUUUUAAACCAUUUGCACAAAAAUUUUACGCAAAAAUAAUAGACUUGAAUACGGCCAUACUUUUAUUUAUUUGUUGAGUUUUGGAUAUUUCGUAUUGAUAAGCUUUAAUUAUUGUUUUUAAUCGUGCAAUUCCUACUAGGCCUCAAAUUCGUAGAUUAUAAAAAUGUUGAAUGCUUCGUUAUAUAACAUUUUAACUUCUAUAUUUUAGACUCUUUAGCCUAUUUUAAUCAAAUUAAUUUUUUAUAAAUUUUUUAAUCCAGUCAGCAGCUGAAUAAAACCCGUCAAAAAACUUUUCGGGUAUAAAUAUUCCUUUCUCUCCACAGAAUGAAGCUAUUAAUUCAACUUCAUCUCCCAAUUGAGGCAGUGCCAGCCGUCUCUUCCUCGCUGUUAAUUAACUACUUUAAAUCAGAAAUCUGCGUUCAUGUAAUGACACAACAUAAAACAGUCACCCAUGGGUUAUAAAAACGAUAGACUUGUAAGCUGCCCUUCCCGUAGAGUUCUUCCCAUAAAGGAUCUGACUUGGAAGCUUGAAUUAGCGCCCUGAACCCAAUUCGAAUUGCAGGUGCCAUUCAAAAUCUUAAUAUUUACUUUUAUUUCAGUCAAAACUCUCUUCUGAUUGCUCUAACCACAUAAAACAGUAUCCAUAAAUUUUUUAGGGUUGUUCUCGUCUUAGUUUCUGGUGUUAUGUUAGUUCUUUAACGUUCAUAACCAAGUGACAAGUGAGGAUUGAUUUCUACUCUGUUCUUAAUUUAACUU